GGAGACCCAGGAGAAGUUAUUGGACUCAUGCCAGAUGGUGUACUAAAAGGCGACAAGGGGUUUCCUGGCCACCCUGGAUUACCGGGAACACCUGGAUUGCCAGGUGCUGAAGGUCCUAUUGGUCCACCUGGACCUUUUGGAAGACCAGGUUUUCCAGGGGUACCUGGUCCCCCAGGUGAGAAGGGUCAUAUGGGCUUGGGUUUCGAAGGACCGAAAGGUGAGAAGGGUGAACGAGGUGUCAUGGGUCCUCCUGGUCCCCAAGGAGCUGCUCCACAUCACAAAGAGAAGGGGACCACAGUCAUACGUGGAGAGAAAGGUGAUGGUGGUGAAAAGGGUGAACCUGGCUUCCCAGGAUCACCAGGCCUAAGCAGCAAAGGGGAGAAAGGUGAACCUGGAAAAUCUGGUCCACAGGGAAGACCUGGGAAGGAUGGAGAGGAUGGAGAGAAAGGAAGAGAUGGAGAAACUGGCAAGCCAGGAUUUCCAGGACUACCUGGUACAGAUGGCUCUAAAGGAGAUAAGGGUGCAGCAGGUCCUCCAGGACUUCCAGGACUAGUUAAAGAUUCAAGGGAAGAAGUUAUAUUUGGCGAAAAAGGAGAUCCAGGUCCUUCAGGGACCCCAGGAGCAAAAGGCGAACCAGGUCAACAAGGUUUUCCAGGUCUACAAGGGCCACCAGGUCCUCCAGGGCAACCCAAUGCAGAGAUAACAGGGGCACCUGGCUUUCCUGGUGAGAGAGGAGAAAAGGGUGACCGGGGGGUCCCUGGAUUGUCUUUGUCUGGACCAAAAGGAAGAGAUGGACGUCCAGGACCUCAUGGUUUCCCAGGGCCUCCAGGCCCACCUGGGAUAACAGAUGGAAGUCUAGAGUGUCAUCCUGGUCAACCUGGUGAUCCAGGCCCUCCAGGCCCUCCUGGCCAGCAUGGCUUCUCAGGAGAAAGGGGAGAAAAGGGUGAAAAAGGUGAAGGCUGUUUUAACUGUGAUGUACCUGGCCUUCCUGGGCCCCCAGGCCCCCAAGGGCUUCCAGGGGAACCAGGUAUUGCAGGACUACCUGGUGCUAAAGGUGACAGGGGAAUGCCUGGAUUUCAUGGCAUUCCAGGAGUGACAGGACCUCCAGGUGAACCUGGAUUAACUGGAAGCCUGGGCGCAAAAGGAGAACCUGGAGAUGUUUUCUUUGAUUCUGAUUUAAAAGGUGAUAAAGGAAAUCCUGGUUCCCCUGGUCUUCCAGGUGUCCCUGGUAGAGAAGGAAGACCAGGGCGAGAUGGUCUUCCAGGUGCUCCAGGUCCCAAAGGUACAUCGGGAACAAUUGGGUUAAAAGGAGAACGUGGCCUCCCUGGAAUUAGCGGUUUUCCUGGAACCCGUGGAGAUAGAGGUUUUCCAGGUCCCACAGGAAUUGGACCUGCUGGGCCACCUGGUGAUAAAGGGGACAAAGGUAUUUCCGGAAUCCCUGGCACACCAGGACUUCCAGGAUCCAAAGGUGAACCUGGUCGUGCCAUUUCUUUAAUUGGUUCCCCAGGACCAGAUGGUAUUCCCGGACUGCCUGGAUUUCCAGGCAUCCAAGGUGACAAGGGAGAUCCAGGGAUACCAGGAAGACCUGGCCUACCAGGUGAAAAAGGUCUGACAGGGCCACCAGGAAUAGGAUUUCCUGGCCCUCCAGGUCCCCCAGGUUUCCCAGGUCAGCCAGGUCCACCAGGUAUAACUGGGAAGAAAGGAGAUCUUGGUUCCCGAGGAGCACCAGGAGCACCAGGAUUACAAGGCCAAAAGGGUGAACCUGGGGUAGGUCUUCCAGGCUCUAGCGGUUUUCCUGGUCCACAAGGACCAGAUGGCCUUCCUGGACCAAAAGGUGAUCUAGGCUUGCCUGGUGUAUCAGGAGAAAAAGGAUUUCCAGGUGUGCCUGGCCAGUCCGGAUCCCGAGGUGACCCUGGUCCUCCUGGAUUACCAGGUCUUCAGGGCGCCCCUGGAGUACCGGGAAUAGGCCCUCCUGGCCCCACUGGCCCCCCAGGGCCAUCUGGGCCUCUGGGGCCAAUAGGAGCUCCAGGAAUAAAAGGAGAAAGGGGCUACCCUGGGGUUCCUGGGCUAGAUAUGCCAGGGCCAAAAGGCGAUAAAGGCAGCCUAGGCCCACAAGGACUGCCAGGUUUGCAAGGAUUGCCAGGCCUACCUGGCCCACAAGGACAAGAAGGGCAGCCAGGUGUUCCAGGAAUCAAAGGAGAAAUGGGAGUUAUGGGAACCCCGGGAAUUCAGGGUCCUCCUGGCCCAAUAGGAUUGCCUGGUAUUCCAGGUGAAAAAGGUGACACAGGCUUUCCUGGAGUGGUAGGACUCAGAGGUGAUUCUGGUUUAAAAGGUGAAAAGGGUGAAGCCGGCUUACCUGGAGAGCCAGGAUCAAUGGAUCAUGUAGACAUGGAAAACAUGAAAGGCCAAAAGGGAGAUCAAGGAAAUAAAGGGCAACAGGGGCCAAUAGGAGACAAGGGAUCUCCAGGGGAUCCUGGGACAGCAGGAAUGCCAGGAAAGGAUGGGGAACCUGGUCUGCCUGGCCAAGCAGGACCAAAAGGGGACUCAGGUCCACCAGGAUAUCAGGGUGAAUCAGGACCUCCUGGACAAAAGGGAUCAAUGGGAGAAAUGGGCCUGCCAGGACAGGCAGGAGAAAAAGGAGUGCAAGGGUUUCCAGGUGAGGCAGGUAAACCAGGAUUUCCUGGAGGGAAAGGUGUGAAAGGUUACAAAGGAGAGCCUGGGCUUCCAGGAAUUGGCUUUCCAGGUGACCCUGGUGACAAGGGAGAACAAGGAAGGGAAGGCAGCCCAGGCAGCCCUGGAGAAAAAGGUGAAAAGGGUGCUCUAGGGAUUGCAGGUAUCCCAGGUUCCCCAGGUGUCAAAGGGCAAUCAGGCCUCCCAGGUUCUCCAGGUUUUCCAGGAAUCCCAGGUGAAAAGGGUGAAAAAGGAUUUCCAGGUCUGAAUGGUUUUCCAGGCUUAAAAGGAGAAACAGGUGACCCUGGGUCCCAAGGUCCACCAGGUGCUCCUGGAGAAAAGGGUGAACCAGGUUAUGAUGGAAUCCCAGGCUCACCUGGUACAAAGGGUGACCCAGGUAUUCCAGGUAGAGGACUUCCUGGACUUCCAGGUGCAAAGGGAGAAAGAGGUUCAAAAGGAGAUGUGGGCUUCCCAGGAUCCCCAGGAAGUCCAGGGAUUCCAGGUGCAAAAGGAGAAUCAGGAUUCGUUGGUCCACAAGGUCCACCAGGCCAACCAGGUGUUCCUGGAUUACCGGGCAGACUUGGGGAGGGACCUAAGGGUGAUCGGGGACCCCAAGGUCGACCUGGGCUGCAAGGGCUUCCUGGGCCACAGGGAUCUCCAGGUAUUCCAGGAUUAUCGGGAGAAAAAGGAGAAAAAGGAAGCCCAGGUUGGCCAGGACCAUCUGGAAGACCUGGACUCAAAGGUGCCCAGGGAUCUCAAGGAAUCCCUGGCAAUGCUGGCUUCCCUGGAACUGCUGGUCAAAAAGGUGACAUGGGACCACCUGGAAUUCCAGGCCCUCAAGGUUUAAACGGUUCUCCAGGGUUCCCAGGACUCAAGGGAGAACAAGGUGAUAAGGGGUUUCCUGGAGCUAAAGGAUUCCCUGGCCCACCAGGUCCUCCAGGCCCUUCCCAGCUUCUAAAAGGUGAACCAGGCUUACCUGGUCUCAUAGGCCCAAUUGGUCCCAAAGGGCUUCCUGGUCCUCAGGGACCAAAAGGACAACAAGGUACAACAGGACCUGUGGGCUUAACUGGUCCCCCAGGCAUCCCAGGAUUUGAUGGAACACCUGGUCAAAAAGGAGAAACUGGCCCUGUUGGCCCCCCAGGUCCUAGAGGCUUUCCUGGCCCACCCGGACCUGAAGGGAUGCCAGGGUCAAUGGGUCCACCAGGCAGUCCUUCCAUAGCUCAUGGCUUCCUUGUAACCAGGCAUAGCCAAAGCACAGAAGAGCCAUCAUGUCCAUCUGGAACAAAACUAAUGUUCUCUGGAUAUUCUUUGCUAUAUAUACAAGGAAAUGAACGGGCCCAUGGCCAGGACCUAGGCACAGCGGGAAGCUGUCUACGUAAAUUCAGCACGAUGCCUUUCCUGUUCUGCAACAUUAAUAACGUCUGCAAUUUUGCCUCACGAAAUGAUUAUUCUUACUGGUUGUCUACCCCUGAACCAAUGCCGAUAACCAUGGCUCCUAUUAGAGGAGACAGCAUCAGGCCUUUCAUCAGCAGGUGUGCUGUGUGUGAAGCUCCUGCCAUGGUGAUGGCAGUUCAUAGUCAAACAGUUCAAAUUCCACCAUGUCCAGAAGGCUGGAGAUCCCUGUGGAUAGGCUAUUCCUUUGUGAUGCACACCAGUGCUGGUGCCGAGGGUUCAGGGCAAGCUCUGGCCUCUCCAGGUUCCUGUCUUGAAGAAUUCCGAAGCGCUCCAUUCAUAGAAUGUCAUGGCAAAGGCACCUGUAAUUAUUAUGCUAAUGCGUAUAGCUUCUGGCUUGCCACUAUUGAGAGAAAUGAAAUGUUCAAAAAGCCCACUCCUUCCACACUGAAAGCAGGCGAACUACGUUCAAAUGUCAGCCGUUGCCAAGUCUGUAUGCGAAGAACAUAAUGACUUUCUAGUUGUACUUAAUGUCACAAUAUGGUGCUAUAGCAGUGGAGCUUAGAUAUAUAGGCCCUAUACGUACCUCAUUGUUUCCAGGUAUGAAAACAGCCAAGUGCCUUACAUGAACUUGCCUAAUUAAACUCUCUGUUUUCUUGGCCCUUUACUUGCUGAAGAGGAAAAAAGUACAAUGAAGACAAUGUUCAAAUGGCACUUCUGAAGAGACAUGAUAGAUGUGAUGCACUGAUGCUUAUCCUGAAUCUAGAAAAAAAAACGCCAAAAAUCCUUAGAGGGAUACAGUUCUGCCUCAUGUGUGUAACUCCACCUUUCCAUUUGUAUGAAUUAAAUAUAUAUGAUUACAUUAUCAUUUUCCCCUAACCCCUAUCUUCA